AUGUCCGUCCCAUCCUCACCUUCUCUGGCAUCUCAGCCGGAUGACUUUCAGCAUCAAAUUCGACAAAUUCAGGAGAUGUCCCGCGACUUUUCCCGUGCUUCGCUGAGCAGUGGUUUCAGCUCGAAUCCCGAGAUAGAAGAGAGCUCACUUUUCAAAUUACCCAACAUUCGUCAGCUGCGAGCAAGCGCGGAGAAGUACCGUCCCGGCGCGAGAUAUAGUCCAGACUCUUCGGUAUUUGUGGAUACAUCUGCCAUGGCAAACGCAUUCCCUGACUUUUCUGGCGUCUUCGAGCACAAGUCGCCCUCAGUUAGAUCGGUUAAAACAGCAGCUAGCCAACCACCCUCUGCCGACCUUCCUUCUCUAGAACUUCCUCGUGGAAAUAGCAACGGGCAACAACAAAUUAGAAGAAUGACUCCGCGUAUCGCUUCUGUGUCUGAUCAGAAUUGGGUCGAUACUAGUUCCGAGGCAGUCACGCCAGACUACAAGGCUGAUAGCCCGCCAUCCCCUCCGAAUGGUAACAGUUAUAUAAACCGAAGAACGCGUCCCUUUCAAAGCUCGACUAAGCCGCAAAUGGCGAAGAAUAACCUGAACAAGCCAUCGAGUUCUGGCAGUGACAAGUCCAGCCCGCCACUUCAUAAGCUAACUGAUUUUGGAUCAAACAACAGCCGGCCAAGCAGCGAUGGGAACGGUCGACAACCUAGUCCCACUAAUGAUGUGGACUUUGAUCGACCACCCACAGUCACUAUAAAUGGACGCAACAGCAGAUUUGGUAUCGGCGCCUCACGCAGCAGAGAAAGCACCGUAAAUGACCUCGAUAAGGUGCGCAACAAGCAAGUGCCGCUAGGUACGCUCGAUGAUACGUAUUUGACAAACGGCACUCAAUUCUCUUUACCGCCUCGUCCUUCAAACCCGGAGCCAGCCACUCCUCGCUAUCUUCGCGGACUUGGAACUACUGGCACAAUGACAAGUGCUAGUCUCAGUAAUACCACGACGAGGAAUUUCACACUCAAAGAUGGACGCUCUUUUGUUGUGCCGCCGGCCCCUGAAAUGUCUGAACUCGUUUCGGGCACGUUCAAGAAUGGCACGCCCGUAUUUGCUCGGGGCAGCCGCGCUGCUUCAAGAUUUUCGCGACCCCCUGGCCCUGGAGAUCACAGCCUACACGUCGAGGAGCUUGAAGACGACGGAAAUAUGGAUGAACGGGCUAUUGUUCUUUCACUGCGUCUUCUUCAGGAGCGUGUGGUCGAAUUAGAACAUGAAAAGGCUCAGGGGGAGCAGAAGAACGUCGAGCUCAAGCGCAAGAAUAGUCUGCUCAAGACCGAAAUUCAAGAACUGGAACUUGACAGACAGGAGCGUGCUACUCGAGACUAUGACGAGCGAUUGGAGACGCUCGUCUCAGAAAAAAUUGAACUUCACAAGAGCGUCAAAACUCUUGAAGCAAAACUCGAUGCUGCAGAUCGAAAAGCCGCAGUUGCAGAAAUCUCAGUCAAGAACCUUACCAAUGAGCGCGACUCUGCGGUCCAGCAGUUGGGCGUUGCGUAUUAUAAUUCCGUUGAUCUUCAAAAUGAAGUUGACGCGUUGACCAGUGAAAAAGAAAACUGGGAGAGCGCGAAAAUUGACGAGCUUGAGAAGCAGGUCAAAAACUGGGAGACCAAAACGUCAACGGAAAUUGAAGAACUAACCAACGAAAAUCGUGAGCUCAGAAACAAACUUGAGAAUACGUCGGAUCUCGAUCACGUGACCAAAGAAAAUGCCGCCAUAAGACAAGCUCUGGAAAACUACGAGAGUGAGAAAGUAACUUGGAGUCGCGUUAAGGCGGAGUUGGUCGGCGAAAUCGAAAGGCUUAGGCAUGAAGUUCAAGCAAAAGAAGCAGCCCUUAAGCAUGAACAACGAGCUCGAGCGGUUGCUCAAGAGGUGCAUGCGUCGAAUAAAGAGGAGCGAAACGUUGCACAGUCGAAAGGCGACACCACGGUGCUCAGCUUUAUUGAGCCCGAUUUUAUCGCAAAUCUCAGAAUGAAACUGGAAACUGAGCGUCUCCUUGCGAAGACUGGCAAGUCUGACGAGAACUCAGUAACUCGCCCUCAGGAUAAUGAUCUUACGGGUCGUUUUGAUGUGAACAUUGGAGAUUAUCCUGCUAAUGCCUCGGAUGAUGGGGCCACACACGCGACUGAAGCCAGUAACGGGACAAACCAUGUUCAAAGUAACACUAGACGCAACCCAGUCGACGACGUCACCGCCAAUAGUUUCAAGAGUACCGGCCGCAAUUCCACUCAGAGGAGUUCCCACAGCCGCGCCAGUAGCUAUUCAGGCACUAUUCCCAAUGAAAAUGAAAUUCAAGACUCUAUAAAUUUGUCUCGACUGAAUGGCGAGAAUGAAACUGCUAAAAGCGAAAUUCAUUCUCAGGAGGUCUCGAUGACUGGCGAUGUGGAGGAUUCUAUUAAGAAGAUUCAUAAGCAAUUGUCUCACGAGAAUCUGGAGCAAGCAAAUAAAAAGAAUACUCUGUCCAAACCGGCUAGGCGUUAUUCAGAUAACUCGAUUCCGGCUGGAUCAAAGCGGCGGCGGGGUGUAGAGGAUGUGACCUCUGCAUUCAUUCUUCCGGACAUUACCCUUGCAACAGCUCCAAGAGAUAUCGAGACGCUCUCAGAAGCCGGCCACGAAGCUUGCAAUGGCCAUGCACAGCAUGAUGCCAAGAACUGUACAAUCUGUACGCGCGUCCUCACAACUGAUGGAGAAGUGAAAUACACCUCCACAGUAAAGAUCCCCAAGCCGAUUCCGGUAUCGAAGCGGAUGCCUGAACCGUCUAAGUCCUACCCUGACCCAACCGUACGGCCUGCGCAAUCGCCAGCAUAUUCUCUAGCUACCGUUAUCAAAAUGCUGGAAGAUGAAUUGGCCCAUCUGCGAGUAAAGCUUCAGAAGUAUCAGGCUUUCUACAACGCACACGAUGCCUCAAUGUCAAAGCGACAAAGGAAAUCAAUUAUGAAGAAAAUCCGCAUUCUCAUGGAGACGGCUGAGCUGAAAGCUGACCAAAUUUACAACUUGUAUGAUGUUGUCGAAACUCAAGCUUCCGAACUGGAUGAUCUCAAUCUUGAGGAAACACUCAACUCCAUCGGUCUAGAUGUCAGCGUCUUGAGCGAUGUAAGACCCAAUGAUAACAGUGAUGCAUCCAGCUCUACUGGUAGCGAAUCGCUUCCUUGGGAAGGUCUCGACGAGUGA